AUGGCGGGUAGUUUUCUCCGCACUGAUUCGCAGUUGAUCGUUGCAGAACUUAAGCGAAAGGACAGGCUGCUGAAGCUCAAGCGAAGGUGGCUAAUAGGAGCGCCAUUGUCAAUCUCUAAAGUGGAGAGACUUUUAAAUAACGAGUGCCUGCCUGAGUCUAUGCUUAGGGAAGAUGAUGUAUUUUAUGAUAGUGUUAAAACGUUUGUUGAACAAGCAUUUGGAGUACACCAUGUUGAAAGAGAGGUCAAAACAACUUGUCAGUUUCUCAACGUGAACAACAUCGAAGGCAUCUUGUUGUCUUGUCUUGAUUCUUUGACCAGUAAAGGUCUUUACCUUGUCUCUCUGUUCCUUACAAAAGGUGUGCAGAAGUUUGAAAAGACUCGGAAAAAAAUGAGAAAUGUUUUCCAGAAAUCUAUUCCAGGAUUUCUUAGGAAUCUGAAUAGCAAGGAUGACAAAGUAGAAAUUUUUACCAAGUUAUGUCAGCUUCUCACUGACCGAGAGAAUAUUAGGCAGGAGUGCUGUUCACAUUACUUUCAAUGGAAUGUUGCUGCAAUAAAAAUUUUGGAUAGACUAAAGGACUUGCCAACUGAAGCCCUGUUUGCUAUGCGCAGGAAACUAAGAGGGUUACCGGCAGAAUUACCUUGUUUGCGGAAAAGGAGAUAUGGUUGGAGUCGAGAUACCCUGAUUUGUAAGGUUAAGAGAACCAUUAGGAAGAUGCUAUCAGAACUCGUUGGGAGUGGAAGGCAUAGCUUCCAGGAACCUUUAACCAUGGCCCUAGCAGUUGCGGGUUUAUCGCUAAAGCUGAAAAGAUGUCCUGGUUCUUGCAUGACUGACUUCAUAAAAUUUUCACCAGAAAUAGAACUGUUACAGACAGAAAUCAUAAAGGCUAUUUGGUUACUGGAAACGAAGGUCAGAAUGCCAGAGCUUCAAGCCUUGCAACAUCUGUUGGAUCCAUCUGCUAAUAUCCCAGCACGGUCUUUACGAACAGCAAUGAAGAAAUUAUUCACCGAGUAUCUUUUUGACUGCAAUGAGUUAGACUCCAUUCCCAAGGGGUUUCUGAAAGCUCUAAAUCUUAUCAAUAGCUCUCGAGUUUCACCCGAUGGCUACUUGUUGACCCAUGUUAUUGAAGAGGAGGCAGAAUCUAUCAUAAGUGUAAGUUCUGAUAUAAAGCAACUUGUUUGGGAUUUAAUUCCUGGCUAUGGGCUUGCUGAGAAUUUUGGCGAUGCAUAUACGGAAGAGCCAUGUGGAAGUGAAGAUGAUGAUUGUGGUGAGGUGUCUCCCAAGCAGCAAGAAUUCGACUCCCCAAGUUUCAGAUUUGGUUCUAUGUACUCAGAGAACGAUGAAGAGAGCUUUGCAGAAUAUACACCUUUAGACGUUGAGCUAGACAUACCUAACCCUGAUCAGGAAGGUCAGAGUCUUCCUAGUACACAUAAUGACUGCAAGAUUGGCAACCCUUCUCUCAGCAUGGUUUUAAAAGUCGAGUGUGAUAUGAAAACUGAAUCUUAUCAGAGUAAUGCAAAUAGUCUAAGAAACGCAUCAGGUUUCCACGAAUUAAACCUUUGCUGUAGAGGGGAAGAAUCUGGUCCUAGCAAUCAGACUCUUUCUAACAAUUUGUACCUUAAUAUCCAAGAAGCUUCCGAUGAGACAAGUUUAGUAGCCUACAAUCUCAUUGGUUCUCUAUUAGCAGAGUUCACAUUAGAAGACAGGCUUGAUCUAGAUUAUACAGAUGGAUAUCUGAGAGGCAACUAUUCAUAUCAACGGGAUGCAGAAGCAGGAAAGACCUCUCCUAAGGAACAAGCAGCUGAUUCCUUAGUUGUUGAAGUGGUUGAAGAGCUAAUACCUUCCUUCCCCAGGAGUGGAGUGGAAAAACUGAAGGAGCUUAUGGGCACUUGA